GCAUGUCUGUCAGAGCCGGUUCUGUAAAGACUUUCUACACACCACCCGACAUUUCCUGUAGACAAGGUGAUGAAUGCUUUCCUGGCACUGGCUGAUGCUACAGAUUGUUCAGGAGGAUCUGGCAAAUACAGCUCUGAAUGGUCUCCGACAGGAAUGUACCUCCACGUGGGACUGAAUCUGCUUGUCCUUUUUUCUGCAUCCACAACUUUGUCCACUCCCUAUGAUGUAAGAAUGAUUGCGAUGGACCUGAACUACACCCUGCAGUGGGCCUGGAGCGACUCACAACUCAAUGACUCUGCCAACUUCACUGCUGCUUAUACCUUCUGGAACAUUAAAGACGACGAGCGAUCGUAUAAGUACGUGUGUACCAGUUCAAGAAAACACUGGUGUGAUUUCACCCCCUGCAAGCUAUACUUCAAGGCAAGCUUCCAGAUAAGGGUGAGGGCUGAAGCUGCAGGCAAGUAUUCAAAUUGGACUCGCCUGAGAUUCACGCCGGACGAGGAUGGGCUGCUAGGGCCACCAAGUGGAGUGAACAUGCAGGGAGAUGUGGAAAUGGUAAUCCUAAAUAUCUCCAAGUCGGUCAUGAACUCCUUGAUGAAGCUGCAAUAUGAAGUGCAGUACUAUGAACAACAGCAACCUGACCUGAAACACAUGAAAAUCUACAAUGACCCAUAUGCUCCGCUCACCUCACUGAAACCUUGGACUGAGUACUGUGUACAAGUCCGUGUCUUUAACAAGGACUACAGCAAAAGCAGCAGUUUCACAUCUCCUCAGUGUGUUUCUACAACAGGUCGACGUGUAGUCUGGCUGAAAAUGCUCAGUGUGCUGUGCUGUGUCUUACUGUUAGGAGCUGUAGUAUACAUAUGCUGCAGACUCAGAAGAAAGAUCUCAGUAUACCAAACCCCUAACAGCAUUCUAGGACUUCCAUUGGACCACCCUCCUCUCCUCGAAGCUCAUGAGCUAAGCUGUUCCAUAAUAUUUGUGUCCGCACCCACCCCAUGGCUGGAGUCUUCACAGCUCCUACUGCAGGAGCAGGAUGGCACAGGCAAGUUCCAGGCAGUGUCCUGCCAGGGGAGCAAUAGUUCUGAGCAGGACUCUGGCAUCGGUUCUGGAGAGGAAAGCUGAAGAAGAAAUACUGGCCUUUAUAUGAUCUUCUGAGAGGUUGAAACAGUGAAACUUAACAUACAUUUAUAUCAAAUAAGGCCACCCUUAACCUUCAGGACAGCUUUAAUCUCUCUGGGAUCCUAAUAUGUGCAAGAAAGAAAGGUGGAAAUCUGCUUCUCACUCUGGAACUUAAAAAUUCAGUGAUGUUUAGAUUGUGAAUGCAGUUGUGAAACUGUUUGGAACUACAAUUAAUUUUGCACUUUGCUUGAUUUCAUUUGUUAUUUAAUUGUCUCAAAUUGUUUCAAAACCAGCAUUGAAAAAUGGAAAAAUG